AUGACUUCGAAACCCCAAAAUCGAGAAACUACCGCCGUAGAGGAGCCACAGCUGCCGUCAUCUCCUGUGCUGAAUUUCUUGAGCCAUUUCUACGAGCUCCAUUCGCCUCCUUACGACGCGUCGUCGCAGAAGACGGAGGACUUCCGGCCAAACAUUGCAUUCGCGUACAACGCUGACGUCGAACCUGAAAAUAUCAGCGUCACAGAGCACCACACGUUCACCGUGUCCAGCACUGCUGAGGUCGAAGAAGAAAAAGGCUUUUACUCGACAGUGUACGCCGCCGCUUCCAAGAAGGUCAAAACCCUGGCUGGUUACAUCAAAUCCGCCAGCCGCUUCUGCGGUUUCUAUUCGUCGUCGAUGGUCUCUUAG